CGCCGGCAGUGGGAGGGUGAUAUCCCGGCGUGCCCGAGGUCAGACUCUUUCUUUUGCAGCCAUCUUGGAUCUCAAUCCCUGACACAAGCAUGCCUGGUGAAGCCACAGAGACCGUUCCAGCUGCGGAGCAGGAGAUGCAGCAGCCACAAGCCGAGACGGCUCCUGCAGCCCCUCCUGCCCGCGACGCUGUGGAGAAGAAGUCAGCCUCUGCUCCCUCCGCCUCUGCCUCCUCUCCUGCUUCCAAGAAACUUCCUCAGGGUCCUCCGCGCUCCAAGCCUGCUAGCGCUCCUGCUGCUCCCAAAGCCAAGGAGGCCAAAUCCGCCGGGACCAAGCUGUCCUCCUCCCCCUCUCCUUCCAAACCCGUGCCCGUCACCGGCAAGCCCGUCUCUCCAGCUCCCACGUCCUCCCCCAAGUCCUCCCCUUCCUCCCCCAGGUCGUCCUCUUCCUCCCUGCCCCGCUCCACCCCGCCCUGCUCACCUCUCGCCAGCCCCCCCACGGCGUUCAUCCCCACCCCGCCGGCCCAGGGGGAGAAGGCCGGCCCGCAGCCCAAGGUGGUCAGGGCGGGCAAGCAGGGCAAGGGCAAGAAGGGUACUGGCAGUGAUGGCACAAAGACCCCUGGGAAGGGGCCCCAGGAGAAAGUGGCCCCUGUCUCUGAGCCGCAGGAGACAGUGCUCCCCCCUACUGUCCCUGCUGCAGAGGCCCCCGGACUGCCUUCUCCUCAGAAGGCCCCGGCUACACCAGAGGCCCCCGCCCCUUGCCAAGGAAAGGCAGAUGCCCCCGGUAAAGGUUCCCCAGUGAAAGCAGAUGCCCCAGCUAAAAGUGUGGCAGUGAAAUCAGAUGCCCCACAGAAACCUAGUGCCCCUGGUGGGCCUGUUUCUCCUAAACUGGAAUCCCAGGCUCCCGCCAAGCCUGAGCCAGCUGCCCCACCAAAGCUGGAGGCCCCGGUGUCGCCCAAGCCUGCCGCUGCCUCUCCCCUGGCCUUUCAGGUGACUCCCAAGCCUGCUGCUCCUGCCCCCAUUUCUUUUGCUGCGGCUGUGGCCUCUGGCCUGCCCAAAACUGCUCCUGCUCCCCCAGAGGCCCCCAAAUCCUCCUCUGCCACGGAGCUGGCCUCGGUGCCUGUCGCGGCAGCUCCAGCAGCUCCGGCCCCUGCGGAGGUCAAGCCUGCUGCCAAGGGUAAGACCUCUGCCAAGCCAGCUGCCGCCAAGGAGCCCAAGGCUGCCCAGCCCAAGGAGAAGCCAACGCCUGGCCAGAAAAAGGGUGCCCCUGCCCCAACCCCUCCUACGCCAGCGUCUCCCGCUCCUUCUGCUCAAACCUCUCCUGCUCCCCCACCUCCUGCCACCCCAGCCCCUCCUGCUUCGCCACGUCCUGCCACAGCUGCCCCUGCCCCAGCCCCAACCCCUCCUACGCCAGUGUCUCCUGCUCCCUCUGCUCAAACCUCUGCUGCUCCGCCACCACCUGCUGCCCCAGCCCUUCCCGCUUUGCCACGUCCUGCCACAGCUGCCCCUGCCCCUGCCCCAGCCCCUCCUGCUCCUUCUGCUCAAACCUCUCCUGCUCCGCCACCACCUGCUGCUCUAGCCCCUCCUGCUUCGCCACGUCCUGCCACAGCCGCCCCUGCCCCAGCCCCAACCCCUCCUACGCCAGUGUCUCCUGCUCCUUCUGCUCAAACCUCUCUUGCUCCGCCACCUCCUGCCACCCCAGCUCUAGCCCCUCCUGCUUCGCCAUCUCCCUCCAAAGCCAUCCCCGCCCCUAAGGCACGUCCCUCCCCGAGCGCCGUCCCGUCUGCUAAGCCCUCUUCAUCUCCGUCUGCCGCAGACAAAGCCCCCCCUGCGGCUCCCAAGCCCCCCACUCUUGCCAUCGCCCCUGCAGCCCCGGAGGACGACGACGAGCUGCCCCCCCUCAUCCCCCCCGAGGAGCCCGUGGAAAUUCCCCGUUUCCAGCCCCCAACCCUUGCGGAUUCCUUCCCCCCAGUGAAACCCAGCCCCCCUCUGCCAUCCGGGUCUACCCCCAAGCCGGCGCCGCCCAAGGCCCCUGCCCAGCCGGAUCCUGUGGUCAAGAACGACAAGGGGUCAGGCACAGAGUCCGACAGCGACGAAUCAGUACCUGAGCUGGAGGAGCAGGACUCGGCACAGGCACAGUCGCAGCAGGCACAGCUCGCGGCCGCAGCCGAAAUUGACGAAGAGCCCGUCAGCAAAGCUAAACAGAGCAGGAGUGAGAAGAAGGCACGGAAGGCCAUGUCCAAGCUGGGGCUUCGCCAGGUCACGGGGGUCACCAGAGUCACCAUCAGGAAGUCCAAGAACAUCCUGUUCGUCAUCACCAAGCCAGACGUCUACAAGAGCCCCGCGUCAGACACCUACAUCGUGUUCGGGGAGGCCAAGAUUGAAGAUCUGUCCCAGCAGGCUCAGCUGGCAGCUGCUGAGAAGUUCAAGGUCCAGGGAGAAGCCGUGUCUAACAUCCAGGAAAACACACAGACGCCAACUGUACAGGAAGAGAGCGAGGAGGAAGAGGUGGACGAGACCGGCGUGGAGGUGAAGGACAUCGAACUGGUGAUGUCACAGGCCAACGUGUCGCGAGCGAAGGCCGUGCGCGCGCUGAAGAACAACAACAACGACAUCGUCAAUGCCAUCAUGGAGCUGACGAUGUAAGAGUCCCGAGAGAGAGCGAGAGGAGGCGACAGGCUGCGAUGGAUCGAGAUCUUGCUGUUCGAUUACUGAAUGGCAUUUGUACAAUUUUUACCAGGGAGUUUAAUAAAGUUAUGAACUUGAGGUGGAACCAUUCUUUUUUUGCCCUGAUUUUUUCUGGUUUCAGGGUUAUUUUUCUAUAACUGGUAUUCUAGAGUGCUGGUAUUUAUUGGCAAUAAAGUGUUUUCCAUUG